ACGAGUUGUGCCCUAAUUCUUCCCCAAUUCUCACGUCGCUCAUUCUCAAAUUCUCGCUCCGCCUGCUCCGCCGCCGGUCUCUCGCUGCGCCACCGCUCCUCCUCGUCUCUUCGCCUCUUAUAAUCAAGGCGGCGGUGAAUGAAUUGCAGCGGAAGAAGAAAGAUGAGUGCAGAACUGGUGGCAGAUGACCAGUGUAAACCUUUCUCACAGCAUAAGGAUGAUCUGUAUCUACCGCAAGAAUUAUGCAAAGAUAUCCUAAGCAGACUUCCGAUCAGAAGUAUUUUGAGGUUUAAGUGCGUUUACAAACCAUGGCGCAAUCUGAUAGAAGGGGGUGAGUUUGCGACGUCGUAUACUGUGAAACCAUGCUUGGCUUUCAAUUAUGGUAUGGGGUACGGAGUGUGUGAUGAGACCUUCCAGCCACUUCUCCGAUUCAACUUCCCUCGAUGCGAUAAAGGUUCACGUCGUGCUGUAAUUAAUUCAGCUAAUGGUUUGCUCUUGGUGAGGAAUGGAUGCAAUACUAUUCUCUCUGUAUGCAAUCCAAUGACUUGUGAGUGUAUCGAGCUUCCUCCUCUGAUGACACUUAUGAAUAGUGAGUAUCGUAACGGUAGAGGAGUGAUACUCGGAUUUGGAGUGAGCAAAUUAAGUGGACAAUAUAAGAUUGUAUCGAUUAGUGAAUAUUCUAGGGCAUCAAGGUCAUCCUAUUGCGAGAUAUACACCCUAGAAAGCGGAGGAGGGUUGUGGAGAAGCAUCACAACACCAGCAGUAGGUAGCCUUAUACCAGGCCUUGGUAUUGCUGCAUUUUUAAACGGAAAUCUUCAUUGGAUGGCAUCUGGUUCCAAGGAAUCCGGAUAUGGGGGAUAUAAUUCUGAGGAGAAUCUCUUGGUUUGUCGUUGCUUUGAUCUUGAAACGGAGAUCUUUACUAGUUUUUCUCUUCCUCAUGUUGAUAAUGCCGGGGACAGAGAUUUGGCAUUUGUAGGUCGACAAUAUGGUCUAUGUGUAUUGGAGGACCAGCUAUGCUUCUGCGGUAUUUUGCAGGCUAAUCGUGUUGAUAUUUGGUGUAUGGAAGACUAUGGAGACGACAAAUCUUGGAUAAAGAAAUACGCCUUCCUCCAAACAGCGGAUAUACUUGGACCUGUUCUCCCGCUCAAAGUUUUGGCAAACGAUGAUUUGUUGUUCGCAGUGCAUUCGAAAAAUCAACUAUUUAUCUACUCCAAAAAUGCUCAAACUGUGACAGGUGGUCUUCUUAAACCAUUUUUAUGUCGUUCUUCCUAUGUUGCCAUUUAUACCCCAAAUUUUCUUUCCCUCAAAGCCAUGGGCAUUCAUAAUGUUCAAGCAUUGAGUUUUGAUUAGGCUAUAAAUAUGUCUGUAUCAAAGAUUCUUGUAAUAUUCUAUUUUGUCUAUUAGGUCCUUAAUGUUUCUACUUUUA